AUGCUGUCAAUAAGGAAGAGCAACGUGUACGACCUGUUGUCCAUGCAACAGUGCAAUAGCGUAAACCUGCCCGAAAAUUAUAACAUGAGAUAUUAUUUUUACCAUGCGUUAUCAUGGCCAUCGUUGAGCCAAGUCGCAGAGGAUGGAAAGGGCAAAGUUUGUGGAUACACCUUAGGAAAGUUGGAGGAAGAAAAUGAUAAGAAGGGUCAUUUAACUUCAGUUGCCGUUUUGAAAACGUACAGGAAGCAGAAGCUUGCUUAUUAUUUAAUCACACAGACACACCAAUUUGUGAAUGAUAUAUACCACGUCCAUAACAUUUGCUUGCAUGUUCGAGUGAGCAACUAUGCCGCGUUGAAUUUGUACCAUAACGUGUUAAAUUAUAAAGUGAAGGGAAUCGAACCAUUAUAUUAUGGAAAUAAGGAAGACGCCUAUUUGAUGGAGCACCUUUUUGUUAAAUAG